AUGACAAGCUCUCAUAAUGGACAUAUCUCAAAGAAAAUUAAGUCGAUUACCGAUAUCCGUAGACAGGAGGUUGACGAGAAAAUAAACAAGAUGAAAACGAAAGUUGAAGAACAAAAAAAGACAUUAGAAACUAUUGAUGGCGAACAGUCGUUACUCAUUCAAUCUGGUUGUGAUUCUUACAUCAAGGAUGUUGAGAAAACGUCGGAGGAGAUACAUCAGAUCGUUAAUCAUUAUAAACAUAUUGAAAUGACUACUGCGUUUGACUUUCGUGAUACCGAAACACAAAAUUUAAAAGGAACUCGCGUUUUCUUUCAACGUCUUUAUAAUGCAUCUUCUGACAGAUUGUUGAAGUUUGAAAAUCUCCUGCAAGAACCGGACGACAAUUUAUUUUUUCUGGAAUGGAAAGGUCUUCAAACAGAAUAUCAAACUAUGACUGAGGAAAGUGUUCAACCCUUGUCUAGCCAAAGACAAAUGUCAAGUUUCAACCAGGACACAUUUACAAGAGCUAUUAUUGACGGAAUUGAUAAACAGUUUCAAAUGGGAUUAUCUGGAGAAUUACAACUUAAGGAGAGAAAAAUAAUUGAACUUUUGGACGAAAAUAACAAGCUGAAAACAGAGAUAAAAGAAAGAAACGUCAAAGAAGUCGCAUUAUUGAAAGACAAAGAGACAGCAGUCGCCACUCUAACAGAAGAGAAGGAUAUUCUAAACGGAAAACUGAAAGAAAAACAAUACGAAAUUGAUCACCUGAUUCAGUUGUUUCCUGUAAUUAGUUAA